GGAGCUGAUGCUAAGGGGGCGGGCCCAGGGAGGCCUGGAACCCGGACUGACCUAGGCAGCGGGGACGAGAAGAGGGAUUAGAUGACCAAACAGAGUCAGACUGGGGACGAAGCUGCGGGGUCAGAAGAGGUGCAGAGGCCUAAGUGAGCUCCGGAUCCGGGCUGGCUCUAGGCGGUCGGGGCGAUUGGAGAGGAGCCAAUGCUAGGGGGCGGAGCCAGAGAUGGGGCGGAGCUGGGCCCGGGCGGCCAGGAACUAAGAGCUGACUGGGGGCGGGGCUAUGGCGGCCGGGGGCGGAGCCAGGGCGGGAGGAACCCAGGCCAUUGAGGGGCGGGGUCCACGCUGCGGGUGGGGCGUGGCCUAAUGGGGGCGUGGCCUCGCGUCACUGCUCCUCCCGCCCGGCCCCGCAGCUCGCGCCCUGGCGGUGGCCGCCGGAGCGCCGCGCGCUGCCCGCGGGGUCUGAGGAAAGGAAGCGGCGGCCGCGGGGUCCGCCCGCGAGCUGAGGAGCCGACAGCCCGCCGCCUCCGCGGUCCGCGCGCGCGCAGCGCAGGGCCCUGGCCUUCGGCCUUGGCGGCGCGGAGGCUCCGGGCCGGACGCGGCGGGCUGGGGGCGCGGACUGCGGCGGCCGUGGAGCCCGGGGGCCGAGGGCAUGAGCCGCCCUGCGGCCCCGCCGUGUCCCUGCCGCCCGCCGCCCUCCAGGGGCUAGAGGCGGCCUCCGGGAAGGCGCGUGGCGCCGGAGACAUGUCCAGGAGGAAACAGAGCAACCCCCGGCAAAUCAAGCGUUCCCUUGGAGACAUGGAGACCAGAGAAGAGGCCCAGCCAACCGACAUCCACUCUCCUGAACAGGAGGCCACAACAGCUGAGGCCACAGGGGACACUGAGACCCUGAGCCCAGCCAGCUCAGAUGCCAAGCCCCCGCCCCGGUCUCCCACACCCCCAGGAAGGCCCGAGGAGCUGGAGGAACAGGAGCUAGAGAAGCCACAGCUGGAGGAGGAGGAGGAAGAAGCCAGUGGGUCCUGGAACUGCCCAGAUGAGCUGGAGCUGGUGCUGGAGUCUGGGCAGAGGUGCGUGCGGACACGACAAAGCCUCACUGAGGGCCUGUGCUGGGGCCCCUUUCGUGGAAACAUCCAGAACAGAGCUUCAUCCCCUGGGCAGGCAGAACCGAGCUCAGUGCCCACCCUGCUGCUGGAGGAUGAGUACUGCUGGCUGAGGACGCUGCCCCAGGCCCCAAGUGAGGCUGAAGCCAACACAGAGAUCUACAGGAAGGGUUGGUAUCCCAGCGCUUCCCCAGUGCUUUCCGCAGGGUGGAGGGCGAGUGCUCUGCCUGGCCAGCCUUAAAGGGAAAUCUGCCUGCCUGCCUCCCUCCCCCACCUUCUGAGACAGUGGAGGAGGGGGAACUGUUCCGGGCCAGCUGACAAGAGUGUCAGGCUAUGACUUCACUUGGGCAGUGGAGGGGAAGCCCAGGCUGGCAGGGUCAUGGGGUAGGUUCUAGCUGACUCCCAAGAGGGAAGACCAUAUCCCUCCAAGAAUUUGUCUCUUCUUCAAUAGGGGUCUGUUUCUUUUUUUUUUUUUUUAAUUUCUUUAUUGGGGGAUUAAUGUUUUACAGUCAACAGUAAAUACAAUAGUUUAUACAUGCUUAACAUUUCUCAGAUAUCCCUAUAACAAUACAACCCCCACUAGGUCCUCUGUCAUC